UCCCAUUGGCUUACGGCGACGUCAGUCAAAUCGAUUCAGGCCCCGCCCACUUGGCCAGCCGCGUCCCCUCUCGGCGCUUCCUCUGUCGGUUCGGGUUUCAAGUGGAGGGCGUGCAAGGCCUGAGUGGUAGGGGAGCGAGAAUAAUAGUUAUAAAAUAAAGCAAGAGUAGGUAGGGCACAAAAAUCAAUCCCUUCAGCUGUGGGUGGGACGAAGGAAAUUACCUGACCAGGCCGCAAGCCCGCGGUGGCCGGUACAUUAAACCGCAAGUGCGAGGGGAAAAGAAUAUACUGAUUGGGCAUGACUCGCCUGAAAUCUCGCGGCGGUGGUAACCUACCUGCGAAAUUAAAAUAACGCGAAAACGAACUGGCAAAGAGCGAGCGCCCUGUGUCCACCGGCUUGGCAGGGCCUAGCCUCCCCGGGCCUGUUUACACGGACAAAGCGGCCCGCUCAGCCUACCCCUGACGUCACACACGGCGUGGUGCUUCCCAUUGGCUGUUGGGCGGGGCCGCCGCGUCAUCGCCGGCACGAGAAACCUUGCUGCUGCCAAUCAAAGUCCCUGGGAAGUUAAGUGGCAGCACCAACUCGAAGGGUGGGAGCAUGGACCAGGGGCCUGCCGGGAGUGACUUCCUUUGCCAAAGCACAUUCCAGAAGAUUGUGUAAUAGUCUCAACCCCUACCAGCCGCUUUGAGAGCAGCGUAGACUGACCAGGUCUACAUGAAGGAUCUCACAGAAUCAAUUUCUGAGGAACAAUCUGAUGUACAGAAAAUAACUGGGAUUGGUCAUUCAUAUUUGAAAGAAAUGACACUGAGCUGAGACUGAGCGAGCAACUGAGAAAGACCAGCACUGAUGAUGAACCACGAUUCACACUCGAGGCAGUUCGUCUACAUGUUGAUAAAGGAUUAUCUGAAGUUUGCAUUGGAAGGACCUCAGGCAGCUCCUGCGAGCAGCAGCGCGGCUGAAACACUGCGUAAGGCGGCCUCCCUCUUCCAGGAAGUCAGACAGCGGGAGUUUGAACUCUACAUCAAACAACUCAACAUCGCUUCCACAGAGGACGUGAAGCAGGCGUUUCCCAUUCUAAUGAGCGAGAUCUACUCAGAUGGCAAGGAUAACUGGAGCAGACUUGUGGCUUUGUAUGCUUUUUGUGGAGAGUUAGUGAGGCACUUGAAAAGGAGAGGCAUUCCAGAAGAAGAACUGGUUGAGGACGUGGCUCAGUGUAUGGCUCAUCACACGUGGACCGCCAAAGCUGCGUGGAUCAAGGAGAACGGUAGCUGGGAGAAGGGGUUCGUAGAAUACUUUAAACGGGAAGACACUGGAUUUGUGGAUUAUUUCCGGCAGAAAAGUCCCCGAUUUUCAUAUGCAAAGUUAGCAGCUGUCACAGGGAUUAUUGCUGCAUUCUCCUUUGUGAUUUACCAACACUGAAAACAGGGAAAUGGUUCAGCUCUUUACACAGCAUAACAGCUCAGCGGAAGAACAUUGGCUCCUGACGGGAGAAUCUGCAAUUGGGUUUUAUGAACCUUUUGUAAAGUUUGUUGCAUCUCAUUCGAAUACAUAACGUUAAAUACAGUAAGCUCUGAUUUGUAAUAAAUGUAUAUUUUUUAUAUAAAUA